CAAAUUCAGUCUCGGUUUCAGUUGAUGGUACGCGCAUAACUCGUUCCGUUGUGCGUUUGAUUUGUUGUUGUAUUGUGUAAUGUUUGAUCCGCUGGCGGUCUCACGUGUUUGUUCUUACUGACGGUGCAACAGAUUCACCUUCGUCCGUGUGUGAUAAAUACCUGCCAUCAUGGGGGCCAUGUUUCGGAGUGAAGAAAUGGCCUUGGCCCAGCUCUUCAUUCAGCCGGAAGCUGCAUAUUACUCAAUUUCUGAAUUAGGUGAAGCCGGAUGUGUUCAAUUUAGAGAUCUAAAUGAACAUAUAAAUGCAUUCCAAAAGAAAUUCGUAAACGAAGUGAGAAGAUGUGAUGAAAUGGAAAGAAAGCUCAGGUACAUCGAAGCUGAAGUGAAAAAAGACAACGUUAACAUUCCCGACGUCUCUGAACUUCCGAAAGCGCCAAUUCCAAGGGAGAUCAUUAACUUGGAGGCACAUCUGGAAAAAACUGAAAGUGACAUUAAGGAGUUGUCGGAGAGCGCGGUCAACCUAAAGGUGAAUUAUUUAGAACUGACCGAACUUAGACAGGUACUUGAAAAAACUCAGUCGUUCUUUAACGAACAAGAUGAAGUCAACGGAGUUGAUACCAGUCACAGUAAGGCACUGAUCACCGAAGACAAUCAGAACUUGUCGGUCCGAGGACGUUUGGGAUUCGUCGCUGGAGUGAUAAACCGGGAAAGAGUUCCAGCUUUUGAACGCAUGUUGUGGCGUAUAUCGAGGGGUAAUGUUUUUCUUAGGCAGGCUGAAAUCGCCAAACCUCUUGAAGACCCAAGCACCGGCAAUGAAAUCUAUAAAACAGUAUUCGUUGCAUUCUUCCAAGGAGACCAGUUGAAGGCCAGGAUUAAGAAAGUAUGCGCUGGUUUCCAUGCAUCAUUGUAUCCCUGUCCAAGUACUCUUCAAGAGCGUGAUGAGAUGUUGAAGGGUGUGAGAACCAGGUUGGAGGAUCUUAACUUGGUAUUGAACCAAACAAGAGAUCAUCGUCAGAGAGUAUUGGUAAAUGUUGCUAAGGAAUUGCAGAAUUGGAGCAUCAUGGUCAGCAAAAUGAAGGCCAUCUAUCAUACAUUGAAUUUCUUCAAUAUGGAUGUUACCAAAAAAUGUUUGAUUGGCGAAUGUUGGGUUCCUUCCCAAGAUAUCCCCAUUGUACAAAAAGCAUUAUCGGAUGGAUCAAGUGCAUGUGGAAGUUCAAUACCAUCAUUUUUAAACAUCAUCGAAACAAAUGAGGCUCCUCCAACUUUCAAUAGGACUAAUAAGUUCACAAGAGGUUUCCAAAAUUUGAUCGACGCAUAUGGAGUUGCCUCGUACAGGGAAGCUAAUCCAGCACUGUACACAAUUAUCACCUUCCCAUUCUUGUUUGCCGUAAUGUUCGGCGAUUUGGGCCACGCCAUAAUAAUGCUGUCGUUUGGCCUUUGGAUGGUGUUGUCAGAAAAGAAAAUCGGGGCGCAGAAAAAUAAGAGCGAAAUAUUUUCCAUAUUCUUCGGCGGCCGUUACAUUAUUCUACUUAUGGGUAUCUUCUCCAUGUACACCGGCUUCCUGUACAAUGAUAUAUUUUCCAAGUCAAUGAACAUAUUUGGAUCAUCUUUCCAUAAUUUUGAAAAUUUAACUCACGAAACUGAUGAGCUUAUUCAAAUUGAUCCUGAUUAUCAGUACGUAGGUUAUCCAUAUUUCUUGGGUAUCGACCCUAUUUGGCAGACUGCCAAAAACAAAAUUAUUUUCUUGAACUCGUUCAAGAUGAAACUCUCCAUUAUCAUUGGUGUUACACACAUGAUAUUCGGAGUAUGCGUGAGCACAAUCAACAUGGUCCACUUCAAAAAAACAUCCAGUUUACUACUUGAAUUUGCACCCCAAGUCAUUCUGCUCUGUUUCCUUUUCCUGUACAUGGUUGUGAUGAUGUUCAUUAAAUGGUUGAAAUACGUCUCCAAUCACGUUGUUGAAAGCUCCCCGGAUCUCAAAAUUGGAUCUUUCUGUGCCCCGUCAGUUUUAAUCUACUUCAUUAAUAUGAUGUUGUUCAAAGAGAAUACGCAACCAUUCGAGAAAUGCGAUGUGUAUAUGUUUUCGUUCCAAGAAGAUCUUCAACGUCUGUUGGUCUAUGGUGCCCUAUUGUGUAUUCCAGUGAUGCUACUGGGAAAACCUCUGUACAUUCAGUUCUCUAGAAAGAAGAAGCCACAAAAAGUUGUGACAAAAGAAAAAAGCAACGGAGAUGUUAACCAAGGUAUGGAACUUGAUGAAGUUGCAAAUGCAGAACAGCCGCGUCAGUCCGUAGCUCAUCACGAUGAGGAAGAAGAAGAGCCGAUGAGUGAAAUAUACAUUCAUCAAGCAAUCCACACAAUUGAAUACGUCCUAAGUACAGUAUCACACACAGCCUCCUAUCUCCGUCUCUGGGCUUUGUCUCUGGCUCACGCCCAACUUUCUGAGGUACUGUGGCAAAUGGUAAUGAGUAAGAGUUUCAUACUGCAAAACGAUUACAUCGGAGGCAUUAUGACUUACAUUAUAUUCUCCGCAUGGGCUGUCCUGACAGUCGCAAUUUUGGUGCUUAUGGAAGGAUUGUCAGCCUUCUUGCACACACUUCGUUUGCACUGGGUGGAGUUUAUGAGCAAAUUCUACAGUGGCCUUGGACAUCCAUUCCACCCAUUUUCGUUCAAUAGUAUUUUAGAUGAAGAAGGUGAAAGUGAAGACUAAAAGCAGAGAUUAAAAAACAAAAUGUUUGCCUUUGUGCCUUUUUAGUUUCAUUAAAAUAGUUUCACAGAU